AUGGCAACCGCGACGGCCGCGCAGGCCCGUGCCUGGGCCUUGGCGCUGGCGCUCUGGGGCUGGGUGCUGGCCCCGACGGGGGCCUUGGAUGCCAUGGGCCCCCACACGGCCGUCCGUCUGGCCGAGCUGCUGACCCCGGAGGAGUGCGACCAUUUCCAGUCGCUCCUAAAGGUGCCAGAGCCGGACGUCGAGGGCGAGCUGGCCCGGCUCUCUGAGGACCGGCUGGCCCGCGCGGAGACGCCGGGGCCCACGUACAAGCCACCGGGCAUGCUGCGGCGGCGGCGGGCGGCGGCCGAGCCCGCGGAGGUGUCGGACGGCUGCCGGGAGAGGCUGGCGGACUGGCUGGCGGCCGAGGCCCAGACCCUCUCUUGGGACCGCGUGGCCAGGGCCCUGCGGCGCUGCGGCCGCCCCGACGUGGCCCGGGAGCUGGGCAAGAACCUCCACCAGCAGGCGACGCUGCAGCUGCGCAAGUUCGGCCAGCCCUACCUGCGGCAGCCGGCAGCCCCCGCCCCCGCCCCCGCCCCCGCCCCCGCCGCGCCCCCGGCCCCGCCCCCGGCCCCGCCCCCGCGCCCCCGCCGCGCGGCGCUCCCGGAGCCCGACUGGGACCAGCUGCAGCUGAUCGUGGAGCGUCUGCCCCAGGCGCCGUACGAGCGCAGCCCCGCCGACUGGGUCCGGCCGCUGGCGCUCGGCCUCCUCACCGGCUUCGUCGGGGCGUUGGGCGCCGGGGCGUUGUUCGUCCUGCUCACGCUGUGGCUCACCGGCGAGGAUGGCCACGGACCGGGUCCUCCCCAGCGCAGGCCCGCCCAGGCGAGCGGCGGGCGGAAAGCCAGGCUGCCCCUGUGUGCAGAGCAGCUGGAGCCGUCGAAGGCCUGGGCUGCCCGCGGGCCGUUCCCCCCUCGCCUCAGUGCCCCCGUCUGUAAAACGGGAGCACAGCCCCGGCAGAGUGCUGCCUUCCCCGAAUUAUAAACGUUACCAAACACGCAAA